UAGUAGUAUUAGUGCUAUACUCCUAGUACUAGUACUAUGGUGGUGAUGGUGAUAAUAAUAUAAUAAUAAUAUUGUUAUUAUAAUUAUUAUAGUACAAUAGAGAAAAGUACCAAAAACUAAGCAUAAAGUCUUCUUCUCCACCAGAUUGGGGUGUGAGUGAGUGUGUGUGUUUUGUUCCUCUGCUUCUUAAUAGUAUCAUCAUAUCAUAACAUAUAUAUAUAUAUAAUACCACCAUUGGUAUAUGAUAUGAUAUAUUUGUGUAUUGUUUGAAAUUGAAUGGCCUUGGUUUCAUUCCUCCUCCUCCUUCAUCUUCCUGGUUAUUUUAUUCUUUGGUUACCACCCUCAUUCAAACCUUUACAUUCAUCACCACCACCUUUACUUUGACUUUUACUUCCGGGAGAAAAUUCUGGGUUUAAACUUUUGUGUUUAACAAAUGUUUGAAGAAAGGAAACGUGGUGAAGAAAGGAGAGGUAGUAAUUUGCACACAAAUGAUUCCACAACUACUUCUUGUAGAUUCAGUUCCCCAACAAUGGUUCAUGGAAAUAUCAAUAACAACAACAACAACAACAGAAACAAGUGUUCUUCCCAUGAAAGAAGAAGACUUAUUACUGGCUCAUCAUCAUCAUCAUCAUCAUCAUCUUCAUCUUCAUCUUCAUUUUCAUCCUCCUCUGGUUUAAAACCUCAGGAUGCAGAUUAUCCACAGCCUCAACUCAUUGAAGAAGUAGAGGCUCUGAUCUUAGCAAGAGUACCAAGAUCAGAUUAUGGAACAAUCUCUCUUGUUAAUAAGAGAUUCUUAUCACUUAUCAAGACAGGAGAGAUUUACAACAUAAGAAAACAGAUCAAGUUUAAAGAACCAACUGUUUUCAUGCUUGCUUCAGGUGAGCAGAGAUGGUGGGCUUUUGAUGGUCACCAUUUCAACACACUUCGCCAACUUCCCAUUUUACCAGCUGAGUUUCCCUUUCACAAUGGUGAUAAAGAGACCCUUUGUGCCGGAACCCAUCUCUUAGUUUCGGGCAAUGAACACGAAGCUGGACCAACUGUUUGGAUUUACAACUUGGUUACCAACCAAUGGUUUAGAGGCCCUCCUAUGAUUAACUCAAGGAACAUGUUUGCUGCAGCUACUUGUGGAACCUUUGGUUAUGUUGCAGGAGGUGUUGUCAAGACCGGGAUUGGUUAUGAAUCCGAAAAGAAGUACACAAGCUCAGCUGAGAGAUACAAUCCUGAGUCUAAAUCAUGGGAAGCUCUUCCAAACAUGCAUAGAAAAAGAGGGUCUUGCUCAGGUUUUUACAUGGAUGACAGGUUUUUUGUCAUUGGUGGUGAGAACAUGGAAGGGAAUCUUACAUGUGCUGAGGCUUUUGAUGAGAAAAGAAGGAAAUGGGAUUUGAUUCCUAACAUGUUAGCUGACAUGCCAGUGUUGAAUCCCAGGUCUCCGCCGCUUGUUGCAGUGGCUAAUAAUGAACUCUAUUCACUUGAGCCUUCAACAAACCAGCUGAUGGUUUAUGUGAAAAAAACUCAGUCAUGGAAGAGACUUGGACCUGUUCCUGUUAGAGCUGAUGCCAUGGGGGGAUGGGGUGUGGCUUUUAAGUCACUUGGGGUUGAGCUUCUUGUCAUUGGUGGUAAUGCUAAUGCCUUUGCUGGUCCUAUGUUGAUAUACACUUGUUGUCCUGACCCCAAUGCUAGGGAGCUGAACUGGAGGCGCGUUGAGGUACCCCGAAACAGGCUGCAGCCCUUCAUUUUCAAUUGCUCUGUCAUGUUAGUUUGAAUGAAGCUUUCUUACUUUGCUUUUAUCAUGGUGUGUGAUUUUUUGUUUUUGUUUUUGUUUUUGGUUGAGGCUAUAAAUAAGAGAGAGAGGUACAUUACAUACAAGGAGUUUAAAAAGAGAGUUGUCAAAUGACAUCUUCUUCUUCUUUUUUCUACUAGCUUUGAUGAUAAGUUCUUGUGUUUUGUUGUGUACCAUACCAUAUUGGCCUUUGGUUUUAAGAUGAAAUUUUUGUAAUUUGCUGAUGAUUUCAACUGUUGUCUGCUCUGUAAUUUUUCUCUCUUUUGUUAAGACACAAGAGGAAGCUUCUUAAGAA